AUGGGUGAAUUUGAAGAAAGUGCAGACUACAACGACGAAUUAUGCCUUAAAGCUUUGAAUAAUUUGGACAGGCCUCCCGAAAUAGAUGAACCUUUUUUAGAAUUUUUCAAACCAAAACCAAAAUUAAGAAUAAAACAAAAACCAAGAGGCAAAUCUUUAGAUAGUAGUGAUGUCGCAGGAGCUUCUACUGUUGCUUUUGGUGAGGAGUUAGAACAUUCUGGUUCAAUUAGCAUUCAAAAAUCUGCUUCUGUAAAUAGGAAUGAAUUGAAUAUUUUAAAUGAAGACUAUGGUGUUAAAAGCUCAAACGGUGAUAGUAAGAACAUUAGACGAGUCAGAAGUGAAAUGAGCAGGUUUAAUAGCGCGAAUGAAGGAAUGAAAGCUGAGAAUUUGUUGAGCAGCAUUUUGAUUUUACCAGAUCAAUUUGGGAAAAAAGGUUCAAAGACUGAAGUAAGAAAGAGGAAGCUGAAUAGUAGCGGAAGUAUUAAUUCUUCUAAAGAUGAAUUUCUUUCGGUAAUUACCCCGAUCUCUCCAUAUGUAAUUUCGCCAAAAAGUAACAAUUAUAAUUAUUCAAAUGGUAAUUCCCAUGAUAAAAAGCUUACAGAAAAGAACAUUGACUUAUUAAAUUCUCUUAUUGAAAUUAAGGAGAAGGAAUUGGAUAACUUAAAUACAACCUAUAGUUAUGAGAAAUCGGAAUUUAAGCUUGAGAUUAUUAGGCUUAAGCAAAUAAUUAAAGAAAGUGAAGAAAGCCACUUAAAGCUGAGGAAGGAAAUUGUGGAGAAAGAUGAGGCUUUAGCAGAAUCAAAGCAAAACUACGAGAAGCUAGAACUUGAUUUUGUAUCUACAAAGCAGUCAUUGGAAAUAAUGCUUGAGGCAGAAAGAAGUGCGAAUCAACGUCUUAAACAGGAACUAAGAGAAAAGAAUGCCCAUGAUUCAAGUUUAGGAUACUUUGGUGAAAAUAGUAUUUUGGAGCUUCAAAGCUACAAGCUUAAGUAUUUUGAGGCUAUGAGAAAACUCCAAAGACUAGAAACUGAGAGGGUUAUAAGCGGAAGUAGAAUUAAAGGUUACAAACACGAGGAAGGUAGAGAAUUGAUCAAUAGUGAUUCAGUUCCUAUUUUUGUAGGUGUAUCUGAAAGUAGAAAAUAUACUUCUGACUAUAUUCCAGAAAACCUAAAAACUAAUUUGGAGGUUUGCAUGCAUAUUAAAGAGGAUUUUCAGGAAAUUCGGAAUGAUGCAGAAGUCAUCCAGUUGAUUUCCGAGAACUCUUUGCUAAAGGAAAAUAUAAUAAAAUUAAUAGAAGAGUUGGAAAUUGAAAAAAACAAGUCAAUUGUUGCAAAUAUCAGAAAUUUAACUCAAAAACCGAUUUUAAUUUCUUCUUGCACUAGUACACGACUUUCAAUGCAUGAAAUUGACACAAUGGAAGUAAAGGCCAGACAGUUAGAGCAGAGAUAUGAAGAACCUGGAUUCAAAUUGAGCAGAAAUAACGUUAAUAUUCAAAUAAUAUGCCCAAAAAAUCGGUUAAAUAUCGAAAAGCUUGAUCAACUUGAAAUAAAAAUUGAUCAAAACUUUGAGUCAAAGUUGGAUAAAUCUAUUCAAACUCAUGUGGAUGGAAAUAUGUGUGUGCAUGUAAAUACCGGUAAUAUUACUGAAAUAAAUGUGGGGAGUUACAUGUCAGAAAAUAUUCAAAUAACUCAAGAUGAGAUCAAAAGUGAGAAUGACAUAAGUUUGUAUGAUUUGGCUUUUAAGGAUUAUAAUUUUGUUCCAAAAUUGCUGAAUAAUUUUGUUAAGAGUGCAAAUAACCAGGUUGAAGAGUCUCAAGAAUGUGAACAAGUUAAUCCAGAAAUUAGUAAUACAGAUUUUAAGGAAAUUGAAAUUGAGAAUAAGAUGGAAAAUAUUAAAAAUAAGCCAAUUAAACAAACGGAUUUAAGCAGGAGUUAUUUAAUAAGCCGAAAGUGUGAAUUUUUGAAUAGGGUACUGCUUGAAUUAAAGUUUGAGAUUUUGGAGUUGAGACGUGUUGUAUUGAACUUUAUGGACCAACCAAAACAUUUUACGGAGACUUUUGAUAAUUUAAUUAAAAAUAGAGGCAAUAAUGGCAUUGAUUCCUGCGGUUUCAGUGAAGGAGAACCUCUUCUUAGCAUUGUCGCAACUACUGUUUUAAAAGCAUACAAUUUAUAUUUAAAGAAGGCAAGUCAAGUUGAAGAAUUUGUAUUGAAAGAUAGGGAGUGGAGGAGUUAUUCAGACAGAAUUGAAUCAGAAUUAAAUAAAUAUUCUUUAGAGAAGUCAGAACUUGUAAAAGAGAUAAGCUAUCUUAAGAGGUUGUUGAAUGAAAAGAUAGAAAAAGAAAAAAUUACAGUCAAUCAAGUUGAAAAAGAUUUAAAUAUUCACAGUUACAAUUUUAAUGAUGAGGUAAUGAGCUGUUACACUUUUGGUGAAUCCUCUAGUGCCAAUUUGGAAAACGAAAUAGAAUGGAAUAUUGAUCAUUAUAGUAUCAAAAAAUUGGUAAACUCAAGAACCAAUAUUGAUGAGCCAAAUAUUGAACCAUUCAGUGAAGAAUUGGAAGUUCUUGAAGAGUCAAAAGAAAUAACUAAAGUGGAGAAUGAGAGUGAUAGUUUUAACAAGAUUGUGAAGCUUCAAGGAAGAAUCCGAUCUUUUAAACAGAACCGAAUUAAGCUACAAUCUUCUGAAAAAGAUGAUAUAAGCUUAAAUAAUCAAAUGGAAAAAUCAUUAAUUCAAUUUAAAAAAAAUGUUUUUCAGGAUAAAAACGAAAUGGUGAGUAUCCAGGAAAAUAUUGAAUUUGAAGAUACUAAUUCUUUUGCAUUUCGUUAUUUACCUCCUCAAAUGAAUGGCGAUGAUUUAGUAAGCUUAGGAGAAUUAGAGGGAAUGACAGGUACAGCAAUGAUGCUUAGAUUAUAUCGUUAUUAUAAACAAACAAAACUAUUAGAAAAACAGGUAAUACAACUAUCUAAAGAAAAACAAAAAUUGGAAUUAGAAUACGAAAAAGAUGCCCAAUCUAACCAAAUGAACCUUUUAUCUUCAAAGCUGAUUAUUGAGGCUAGGGAUAUGGAGAUUAAGACUCUAAAGGAAAAGUGUGAGUUUCUUUCUAAUAAAGUAGAAGAUGAUAUAAAAAACAUCAAAUCCGCAGCUAGAGAAGAAAUAGAAAAAGUCUGGAAACCUAAAGUGGAAGAGAUUAAUUCUAAAUGUGAAGAUUAUUUAUUUAAAGUAAGCUCUCUAGAAAGUGAACUAAUUAUUCUGCGUCAACAAUUAGCAUUCCAGAAACAAUUAAAUUCUAAGGACACUAAGAAAAGUGAAUAUAGCAGUAUUAUUAAGGGUAAAUAUUUGUCCGGCAUUAACUUGGAUAAAUAUAGAUUUUCCAGAGAGUCAAUAGAAAAAAUACCAUGUGGAGUUGAUGACUUAGAAAUAAAAAGGAGCGAUUACAUUGAUGAUGAUAAUGAUGAAUCCGAUUCUAUUAUAGAAAAUAGUAGUUCAAUUAAUAUUCAACCAACCAUUGAAACCAGAGGUGAUGAUUCUGAUGAUCAAAAUAUUUCUAGUUUAAAAUCUGCUUUAUCAAAGUUAAAAACAAUUUCAAAUGAAUAUAGAUCGUUUAAUUAG